AUGUCCCGACAAAACGUUGCUUCAGAUGGUGAACUUCAGUCAAGCAUCGCGGCAAAUACCGACAACCGCAGUAUCAUUUCUUGUCGGCAACCAUAUCUCCAACCAUCAGGGGGAGUGCGCCACAAUCUUUUGUCCUCAGACAGAGUAUUGAAACCCUUGACGCCACAAGGGUCCUCCGCCCUCGCCAACGGCGGGAUAUGUGUGGAUGGUUGGUAG